CCCCGCAUUGCAUACUCGGACACCGAACGCUACAGAACAGUUCGAUUUUAUCUCUGAACAUUAUCUAAACGUAAACAUGGCUCCAGUUAAUGAAAAAGUGUUGAACGGCGCGGAAUACGUUCCUGCGAAGAAAGCCCUGCCUGAACUCCAUUCGGAUAAUGGCAAUGGAAAUAAGGCCAGUUCAUACUCGUACGAGACCCUCGUGGAAACCGCCAACUUCCUGCUCUCCAGAACUUCGAUACGUCCUCACAUCGGGAUCAUAUGCGGGUCUGGGUUGGGUGCGUAUUGGAAAGAGGGCUCAUUAGCAGAACACAUCGAAGACCCAGACAGUGUAGACUAUGAGGAAAUCCCUAACUUCCCAGUGAGCACAGUGGAGGGCCAUCAUGGCAGACUGGUGUUCGGCAAGAUAUCCGGCGUCCCCGUGGUCGCCAUGCAAGGCAGAUUCCACUAUUAUGAAGGAUACCCUCUUUGGAUGUGCUGCCUACCGGUCCGUGUGAUGAAACUCCUGGGAGUGAAAACUCUGAUCGCCACAAACGCCGCUGGCGGGCUGAACCCCAACUACAAAAUCGGAGACCUCAUGAUUGUGAAAGACCACAUCAACAUGAUGGGCUUCGCUGGCAAUAACCCCCUGCACGGACCUAACGACGAGAGGUUUGGACCACGCUUCCCUCCGAUGAACAAGGCGUACAACUUGGAAUAUAGGAAAAUAGCCAAAGAAGUAGCGAAGGAACUUAACAUAGACAACAUCGUACGCGAGGGUGUGUACACCUGUCUCGGAGGACCUAACUUCGAAACUGUAGCGGAAUUGAAUAUGUUGAAAAUGGUGGGAGUCGACACUGUGGGCAUGUCGACAGUACAUGAGGUUAUCAUCGCCCGGCACUGCGACAUGAAAGUAUUCGGAAUGUCGCUGGUGACCAACGAGUGUGUGACGUCCGAAGACGCAGCGGACGAAGCCAAUCACGAAGAGGUUCUCGACGUCGGUCGCAUGCGGCAGGAGAUUCUUCGCAAAUACGUUUCCAAACUAGUGGAGCGAUUCGCCGCAGUUGAUGGCUUAAAUUGAGUCUCAUCUUACCUCGAUAAAUAUGUAACACCUCAUGGUUCGACUGACUGACCAAACUUAGGCGAUUUUCCAGCUUGAAAACGCUACGUGAAUUGAGUGACGACAUCGUCAAUCUUCUGGUUUUAUCAGAAUAAAUACUUAAGAUUAAGUUCUUUCAAACCUGGCUGUGAAUGUUAGCCAAAAUGGCCAGAAUAUUAAACCUGCGGCACAAAAUAUGACAACAGUUCAAUGUCUCUUGAUAUGAAAUAUAAGUUUAUAUCAUCAGUUAUUUGUUCAAAAUAUAAGUAAAAUAGCAAAAACUACUUACUAGGUAGUAUAUAGCUAGUGGAAAGGCACGAGCAUAUUAGUUCAACGUGACUUCUACACGUGAGGUUCUGUAUGCGCCAUCCAAUUGUCUUGUUAUCAGAUUGGGUCGUUGGGGUCAAAGCAACAUAUUGUGAACUGAUUAUUCUCAUGUCACACUUGGCGAUCAGACGAUCACCUUGUAAUGAUAAAGGAUGAAGGUAUAAGAGAUAACGAAAUGUAAACUCGUAUAAAUAUUUAGCUACAACUUAGGUAAAACUGAAACUUGAAAUUACUUUUUUUUAAUAUAUACCUAUAAUACUUAACAGAUCAAAUUAAAAAUCAUGACAGAACAUUUUAGAAUAAUUAUGGAUGGUUAAGCGUUUCUAUAGGUAGUGAUUGUGCGGCAAAAAAGUACUAAUUUAAGAAAUAUAUAUAUAAUAUAUUAUGUGAAGUCCAAAGGCAAAUGAAUGUUAAAAUGUUAUACCUAGAUUAUUCUAUUAGGGCAUAAAAUAAUGUAAACAAAAAGUGAGGUACCUACCUUUUAAGAAAAUGCCCAUGAUUUUUCAGACGACUCAUUUAGUUUUGUACCUAUGCCUUGGGUACAUACAUAAAUAAAGUUGUAUACUUAUGCACAUACAUAAAGUUAAUGGUUCUAAUGAACUGGAUUUUACUACUCAUCUUAGUUAGGAUUAUAAAAGCUCGUAAUGAUAAUUUAAACAGGUAGCAUAAGUAAAUCAAUUAUUAGAUUUAAGGUUAUGAUCAUAUUUAUUUUUAACUGUAUACGUGAUUUCAAAUAUGUAAUAAAUGUUUUAAGAUGA